AUGCUAAAAUCCCCCCCGGGAAUAACAAAGAGAAGGGAUCGUUCAGAAGCAUUGGACCAGGCAGGUGCAGUAUUUGAGGAUUUGUACAAGAAAUAUUUGGUCCUGGACAAUGAUAACCUUCAGAAAAGAGCCGAGACUUAUUUGUUAAAGUCCUUUUGCAACAAGAGCGCUUUUAGAAACAACUUAACUCAGCAGGACUCUGGGCUUUCAGAGCCAAAUUUAAGUUCUGAUAGUCAAUCCCCAAAAUCAGACGGCGUAACAAGUUCUGGAGAUAAAUACCUAAAACAGGUUUCAUUUGAAACUGACCAUAUGAAAAUGGGAGCCAAACUGAUUGCUAAAACACCCCCUAAGUUUACCGAAAAUCAAACCAGAACAAAGACUGAAUUACCCGAAUCAAGUCUAAAAUUUAAUAAAGAAAGCAUUUGGGGAAACAAUGAUGAAAGCCCUAAUAAAAGAAUACUUAAGAGUCCCAAGAAUAGCAGACUUAAGAAUUUAAAGGUGGAAGAAAAGAAAACCAGUAAAAAUAAACCUAAAAUGACCAAAGAUGACACUAGGAUAUUUGUUGAUAAUUUGACCGAAAGCGAUAUAAGUGAAGAAAGUGUUGAUAACCAGGAGGAGAAUUCAGCCCAGAACCUCAUUACUGUUAAGGAGUACGACCAUUCUCCUUGUUUCGACAAGGUUGAAGAGUAUUUGAUGGGUUCACAGACUGUUAUUACUUCUGACGAAGUGGACCAUAGUAGAGAAAGUCUCAUGGUUGUUAAAACAUUAGUUAAUAGAAACAAGGAAUUGAACUUUAUUUGUGGUCUCUCAAUUCUUUUCCAGAUUUUCAUGGCUUUUAACAUUUUUGGUCUUUUCUUUCUAGUUCACUCUCUUCACUUUGAGUUCCAUUCUAUUUUUUCUUCCAUUGCUAUGCCAUUUUUACUCCAUUUUUCAAUGUUUUAUCUUGUUUUUACCAUCGGUGUUUCAAGGGUUAAAAAAUCACUUAUGGUUUAUAAUAGUGAUAUCACUGUUGAAAUUUUGAACAAAAGACUAAACAGGGAACUCAGCUACAAGAAGCUCGACAGAUAUUCGGUAGGAGCUGAACGCAUUUUCGUAUUAUUAGCACUUAUUAUCGCCUGUACGCCCGUAAAAUUUAGUGAAGAUUUAAGUCAUCUUCAAGUUAUGGAAUCUCUAUACAUCUCCUUUAACGUCAUUUACUCUGUGCUCCACGUCCUCUUCGCUUUCUAUUAUUUCAAUUAUAAAAUCAUGAAGGAAAUAAUAGUUAAAGCUGGGGAGAUGAGCACUAAAAUCUAUAACUUACUGAGUAUAACAAAAUUUACGGGAUUCAACGGAAUCCUCAACUCUGUUGACAAGAUUAACUAUAUUAACACCACCAACAGUGUAAACAAUGAUUUGGUAAUGGAGUUGAAAAAAAGGUUAUAUAAAUCGUACAAGAGCAGGAAACUUUCACUUCCUUCCACAAAAACACGGAGAAGGCACGCUCAACUUAAUCGUUAA